GCGCGAAGGGGCCGGGCUCCUCUCCCUCGCCAUGGCCGCCGUGGAGGCCUCGCGUAAGCGCCGCUCCAAGGCGCCCUUCUUCCCGGCGGCCAAGCGGGCCCGGCCGGGCGGCCCUGGGCAGCUGGAGCCCGGCAUGCGGGGCAUCCUCAUCACCUGCAACAUGAACGAGCGCAAGUGCGUGGCCGAGGCCUACAGCCUGCUGGGCGAGUACGGCGAGCAGCUCUACGGGCCCGAGCAGUUCACAGAUCAAGAAGAAAGCAGAGUGUCAGGAAAUGAGGAGGACGAGGACGAAGACAAUGAAGAUGAUGAUGCUGAAGCCGCUUUGAAAAAGGAGGUUGAUCAGAUUCGUAAUUCAACAGAGCAGAAGAGGCGGCGGUUCCAGUCGGUGGAGAGUGGGGCCAAUAAUGUGGUUUUUAUUAGAACACUGGGUGUAGAACCAGAAAAGCUGGUGCACCACAUCCUGAAGGACAUGCAUGCCACCAAAAAGAAGAAAACCAGAGUCAUCCUGCGCAUGCUGCCUGUUUCAGGCACCUGCAAAGCCUUUGUGGAGGACAUGAAACACUACUCGGAGACCUUUUUUGAGCCUUGGUUUAAAAGUCCCCAGAAAGGCACUUUUCAGAUUGUUUAUAAGGCUCGAAACAACAGCCACCUCAGCAGAGAAAAAGUGAUCACAGAACUGGCAGGAGUGGUGGGCCAUCUCAAUCCGGAGAACAAAGUCGAUCUGAAUAACCCCGAAUUCACCAUCGUUGUGGAGAUCAUCAAAAACAUCUGCUGUUUGAGUGUAGUGAGGGACUAUGUGCUUUUCAGGAAGUACAACCUCCAGGAGGUGGUGAAGAGUGGCAAAGCGGAUUGUGAGGGAGAUGCGUCAAAAGCAUCUCCAGAAGGCAAUUCGAAAGGAGACAAACCAGUGGUGGAGAAUGUGGAAAGUCAAGACCAGCCUGAAGAUAAGCUUGAGGAAAAAGCCAAUGACAACCAUGAGGAUUAGGACCAUUAAUUGAGUUGUUGGAUAGAAACUAUAGAGGAUGAUUCGUUUUUAUUUCGAUGGUUUGGCAUUUUUAAAUGAAAAAAAAAACACUCUGGUUUUGGUAUUAAAGCCAAUGGUUCACCAAAUAUUUUUGACUGGGAACUGAUAGGUUGGGAGCUGCUGGUGUGACUGUCAGAAACCUUUCCUAGAUACAACAAAUUUUACAGGAUUUGGAAAAAAUGUGCUGAAGAUAUGCGUUCUUUUGCUAUAAAAUGCAGUUUCCCAAAUGCUGCACUGAAGUGAUUUGAUACAUUUUGUUUGGUUUGAUCUGUACAUAAUAUUCUAUUCCUAGCCAACAUGGUUUUUCUUUCCAUGUCAGGAGCAACUUGGGAAACUGCAAGUUGCUUCUGGUGUGAGAAAAUUGGUGGUCUUCAAGGAUGUUGCCCAGGGGACACCCAGAUGUUUUACCAUCUGUGGGAGGCUUCUCUCAUGUCCCUGCACGAAAAGCUGGAGCUGACAGAUGGGAGCUCACCCUGCUCUUUGGAUUCAAACUGCCGACCUUUCGGUCAGCACAAGGCUUUAACCCAUUGUACCCCUGCGAGCUCCAGCCAACAGUAUGCUGCCAUGUAUUUUUCAUUUUUCAAUUUGUUUGGAUUUGGUAGCUUUUGGAAGCAAACUCUACAGUUAAUUUCUAACCAGGACUGAGAGCCAUGGUUUGAAAUCUGUUUCCAAUUCUAUGGGAAAGCAGCUGAAACUUUUAGUGGUGGCUCAAAAUGCACUUCCAGCAUCCAGAUCCCAACUUAUCCAUGAGAACUGAACCCAGCCAUAGAUACAUUUGAGCAAAAGUUAGCCAAAUUUGGACCCCCUGGUUGUAUAGAUACAGAAGUGUGUGUUAAAAAGACUUCAGUUUAUUUGGACAUGGUGAGACUUUUGCUGGAUGCUCCCUAUAUAACAAACAAAACCAUAUCCUAUGGUUAGUGUUGAUAUCUGAAUGUGCAUCAACAGCUGUUUCACAGUUGCUAAGAAUCUGUGGCAGUGUUUGUUGCUUCACUUGGUAGCAGUUGAUGCUACUGUCAAAACCAGAUGGAAGACAUUUUUGGAUUCUAGGGUUUUGAUAGUUGAGCCAGUGAUCCAGCAUACGUUUCACCAGUUUGGGCCAACCUAGCAUUGGAAAUAGCCACCAAUCUAAACUUCACUUCUUGCAGUUUCAGAUUCAGAAGGAUCUCAUAAAACCGAUCCUAAAUACAAAGCAAUUUAGAAUGUGUAUAUGUGGAACAGGUGUUUUUCUAAAUGUUUUUUAUUUAAAAUUUGCAUAAAGUUUUAUAUUAAAAGUCUUCUUGAGAACAUUA